AUGACCUCCACGGACGCAAGCGCAGCAACCUCAAGACGCCCCCCAAGGCCUCCAAGACCAUGGCGAGUACUUUGGAGCAAUGAGACUGGGUCCGACGUCUCGAUGGGCGAUUUUCUAGAUACUCUCCCAACUUAUAGUCGUCAGCGCAAUGAUCCUGUCCGUUGUCGGCUGAACCACAAUGACCACGACGACGCUGAAAAACUCCUCGUGAAGCACAAGGUGCGCAGGAUACUCACCAGAUGCACGUCGGCGCGCUGUCAAGACAGUGGUGUGGUAUGCAAGUGCAUCUAUCGACUACUAAUAUGUGAGCUCAGUGGCCUUGCCACCAUCGCAGUGGAUGGCGAGCGCACGAUGGCGAACCCAGACAUCUCCUCGCCCAAGCCGGUUCGACUCACGGAUGCGAUGAAAAGUGGCUAG